AUGCUCAGUUUUGUAAGAUUUACUUCCUCGAAGGCUGCUAAAUAUGUUCCCACUUCCGGAGUUUACCCCAAAGGGUUUGUUGUUGGUGGAAUCCACUGUGGAGUAAAAAAGGAUGGAAAAUCUUUGGACCUCGCUAUGCUUAAGAAUGUUUAUCACGAACCAGCAACUGCCUCUGCAGUUUUCACAAAGAAUAAGUUUAAAGCUGCACCAGUGCAAGUUUCUAGAAAAAUUUUGGAUAAUAACAAUGGUAACCAUAUUAAUUCGAUAAUUGUCAAUAGUGGAAAUGCAAAUGCAGUCACUGGGAAGAAAGGUUACGAAGACGCCCAGGCUAUGGUCGAUGCUACUGAUAAGGCAGCUGGUAAUUCUGAGUCAAACUCGACAUUGGUUAUGUCUACAGGUGUGAUCGGUAAUUUAUUGCCAAUAGACAAUAUCUUACUGGGGAUCCCCAAGUUGGCAGAAAGCGACUUAGGCUCAUCUCAUGACCACUGGAUUGCCUGCGCUAAGGCAAUAUGUACUACUGAUACUUUCCCAAAAUUAGUUAGUAAAAAUUUUGAAAUUGAUGGAAUCACCUACACUUUGGCUGGGUUAGCUAAAGGUGCAGGGAUGAUCUGUCCUAAUAUGGCCACUCUUUUAGGCUUUUUCGCGACUGAUGCGCCAAUUAGCGAAGAUGCCAUUAAAGUAUUGGUUGCAAAUGCAGUGGCCAGAUCAUUUAACAGUAUUUCAGUUGACGGCGAUAUGUCAACCAAUGACACUAUAGUUGGGAUUGCUAAUGGGGCUGCUGGUGGCCAACUCAUUGAUCUCAGCAAAGAAUCUAAACCAAAGUUUGACAAGUUGCAAGAGGAAUUUACAAGUUUUGCUCAACAAUUAGCCCAAUUAGUGGUUAGAGACGGUGAAGGUGCUACAAAAUUUAUUACUAUUAACGUUAAAGAUGCGCAAAGUUAUUCAGAUGCACAUACAGUUGCCAAGACCAUUUCUAACUCUUCAUUGGUUAAGACAGCCAUGUACGGAAAGGACGCUAACUGGGGUAGAAUUUUAUGUUCCAUUGGGUACUCUGAAGUUGAAGCCAUUAUCCCAGAGCGUACUAAUGUGAGCUUUGUACCUGCAGAUGGUUCUGCCAAAUUGGACUUGCUUGUAAAUGGAGAACCACAACAAGUUGAUGAAGAAAGAGCUUCAGAGAUUUUAGAGUUUGAAGACUUGAGAAUUGAGAUCGAGUUAGGAACAGGCGGAGGUGAAGAUUGUGAGUUCUGGACGUGUGAUUUAACCCAUGAAUACAUAACAAUCAACGGUGAUUACAGAAGUUAG